CUUCCAUAGUGAUAUCGGCCAUCAAGGUCGCGAGACCAGUGGCGCUGGGAGUUGGCGGAGGUUACGUACUACUCAGGAUUCAUGCUGGCGACGGAUAUUGAAGUCUGUGGAAGAAGAUGAAGAGUUGUGUCAGUGGGGUUCGGCGAGGCGAAGGCAGGAGGCGGGGAUGGCAGACGCUGGGGUGGACGGGGUUAGGUAGAGGGUCGGCGUUGAUGCGCAGUGAGGUUGAAAGGCACCUGGCAAGCGUUGGCUUGGCGCGCCUGUGCGUCAACGUUCAGCCCGCCCGCGGUCACAGGUCGGGUACAUCACAUUCGCACUGUAUCUCUGCUGCCUUGGUCGCGUUUGGUCGUGAUAGACUCAUAGGUCUCACCUCGUGUCUGGCCUGUGAUUCUCAUUCGUUUUCGCCAAAACCUCACAUGGUGAAGCACCUCGGCAGGGCGCGAACGAGCCGACACGUGAUGCGAUGCAUCUGGUCAGCUGGGGACGAACCGCCUGCUUACGACGCACAAAAGGGCAAUGCGGCUCAACAAAACGCGUGGAAUGGAGAAGGAUAUAUUAAUUCCAAGAGCUCGCGGAUGCAUCCGCCCGAGUAAGCUCUUGCAGCGCUAGAUUAGGAACCUUUUAUAAACCACCCAGAAUC